AUGGCAGAAAAGGCUCCCCCGGGGCUCAACAGGAAGACUUCAAGGUCAACACUCUCUCUUCCACCAGAACCUGUGGACAUCGUCCGGAGCAAAACGUGUUCACGGAGAGUCAAAAUCAACGUGGGGGGCCUGAACCACGAGGUUCUGUGGAGAACGUUGGACCGGCUGCCCAGGACCCGCCUGGGGAAGCUGCGCGACUGCAACACGCACGAGAGCCUCCUGGAGGUGUGCGACGACUACAACCUGAACGAAAAUGAGUACUUCUUCGAUCGGCACCCAGGCGCCUUCACUUCCAUUCUGAAUUUCUACCGGACAGGGAAACUCCAUAUGAUGGAAGAAAUGUGUGCUCUCUCCUUCGGCCAGGAGCUAGAUUACUGGGGCAUUGACGAGAUCUACCUAGAGUCCUGCUGCCAAGCCAGGUAUCACCAAAAGAAAGAGCAAAUGAACGAGGAACUGAGGCGUGAGGCAGAGACCAUGCGAGAGCGGGAGGGAGAAGAAUUCGAUAACACCUGCUGCCCCGAGAAAAGGAAGAAGCUGUGGGAUUUGCUGGAGAAGCCCAACUCCUCGGUGGCUGCAAAGAUCUUGGCCAUUGUGUCCAUCCUGUUCAUCGUACUCUCCACCAUCGCUCUGUCUCUCAACACCCUCCCGGAGCUCCAGGAGACGGAUGAAUUCGGGCAGGCCAGUGACAACCCCCAGCUGGCACACGUGGAGGCGGUGUGCAUUGCUUGGUUUACCAUGGAGUACCUGUUACGCUUCCUCUCCUCGCCAAACAAGUGGAAGUUCUUCAAAGGCCCGCUCAACGUCAUCGACUUGCUGGCCAUCUUGCCCUAUUACGUCACCAUCUUCCUCACGGAGUCCAACAAGAGCGUGCUGCAGUUCCAGAACGUGCGGCGCGUGGUCCAGAUCUUCCGCAUCAUGCGCAUCCUCCGGAUCCUGAAGCUCGCCAGGCACUCGACGGGCCUGCAGUCCCUGGGCUUCACCCUCAGACGGAGUUACAAUGAGUUGGGCUUGUUGAUACUGUUUCUGGCCAUGGGGAUCAUGAUAUUCUCCAGCCUGGUGUUCUUUGCGGAGAAGGAUGAGGACGCAACGAAGUUCACCAGUAUCCCGGCAUCCUUCUGGUGGGCCACCAUCACCAUGACCACUGUGGGCUACGGCGACAUCUACCCAAAAACAUUACUGGGGAAGAUCGUGGGCGGCCUCUGCUGUAUCGCUGGGGUCCUGGUGAUUGCCCUUCCCAUCCCAAUCAUCGUGAACAAUUUCUCCGAGUUUUACAAGGAGCAGAAACGCCAGGAGAAGGCAGUGAAAAGGAGGGAGGCUCUGGAGCGGGCCAAGAGGAAUGGAAGCAUCGUCUCCAUGAACUUAAAGGACGCCUUCGCUCGAAGCAUGGAGCUGAUUGAUGUGGCCGUGGAGAAGACAGGAGAGCCGGCCAAGACCAAGGACCCCACCGACGACAAUCACCUGUCGCCCAGCCGGUGGAAGUGGGCCAGGAAGGCUCUGUCGGAAACCAGCUCCAACAAGUCCUACGAGAACAAGUACCAGGAGGUUAGCCAAAAAGACUCCCACGAGCAGCUGAACAACACCUCCGCCUCCAGCCCGCAGCAUCUGAGCGCGCAGAAGCUGGAGAUGCUGUACAACGAGAUCACCAAGACCCAGCCCCACGGCCAUCCCAACGCGGACGGCCAGGAGCAGCCCGAGCGGCCGUCAGCCUACGAGGAGGAGAUAGAGAUGGAGGAGGUGGUGUGCCCGCAGGAGCAGCUGGCCGUGGCGCCCGCCGAGGUGGUCAUGGACAUGAAGAGCACCUCCAGCAUCGACAGCUUCACCAGCUGCGCCACCGACUUCACCGAGACCGACAGGUCGCCCCUGCCCCCGCCCUCUGCUUCCCACCUACAGAUGAGGUUCCCACCCGACCUCUUCCCGGGCACCGAGGAGCCCCACAGAGCCAGGGGCCCCCCUUUCCUGACACUCUCCAGAGAGAGAGGCCCGGUGGCCCGGGAUGCCUCCCUAGAAUACAUCCCGGUCAAUCUAACUGGGCACCUCGAUGCCAGCGGUUCCCAAAGCGGGCUCCACGGCCCUGGGCCCUCUGACAGUGCCCCCGAGAGCCCUCGGAGCUCCCUGAGGGGCAGCCACCCCCUGAAAUCCAGGUCGUUCAAAGUGAAUUUCAAGGAGAACAGAGGCAGUGCCCCGCAGACCCCGCCCAGCACGGCCAGGCCGCUGCCGGUCACGGUGGCCGACUUUCCCACCGCAGCCCCGCAGCUCAUCAGCACCAUCCUCCUGGAGGAAAACCCCCCGCAGGCCGACAGGCCCCUGCUGGGGACGGAGGUGUCCGCGCCUUGUCAGGGACCCGCCCGAGGGCCGAGCCCCCGGUUCCCCAAGCAGAAACUCUUCCCUUUCCCAUCGAGGGAGAGGAGGAGCUUCACCGAGGUGGACACCGGGGACGACGAUGACUUCCUAGAGCUGCAAGGGCCCGGGCAGGCCGGGCAGGCCGACCCCAGCCCUAACUGCUUCGCCGAGAAGCCUAGCGAUGGGAGAGACCCUCUGAGGGAAGAGGCCUGUGCAGGUCCUUCCUCCCCCCAGGACACAAGUCACAACUGUAGGCAAGACGUUUACCACCACGCCGUGGCUGACGUGCAAAAGGACAGCAGCCAAGAAGGGUGCAAAAUGGAAAAUCACCUGUGCGCCCCAGAAACACAUUCCAACCCAGGAGACACAGGUCACUGUCCCACACGUGAAACCAGCAUGUGA